ACCCUCCCUUUUUCCUUUUUCUACCUACUUCUUUUCCAUGAUUGGACUCUCUGUUUAACUGUUUUUUUUUUGUUUUUUAUUCCAUAUAUAUAUCCUCUUCUUGUUCUUUGAUGAUGGAUCUGAUUUUGGGUUUUGUUGAGGAUGUGUUUGGUUUUGUUUGCUUUUUUCUGUAACAGAAAUCUGAUGCUGUGAUAUGACUUGUGAUCUGGGAAUUUCUUGUUGGAUAGCUUCAUUUUUUCCUCUAUGGAAACCUCAUAACUUUGAUUCCUUUAAAGAUGGUUUUAUUUGUUUUGCGAGAUGCAGCGCCUUUGUUUCCAACUAAAGCCUUUAUUGAGUGAGUGAGUAAACUAGGCGUUGGUUGAACCGAGCUAUGAUGCCUCCAAAUAUGAACAUGGAAUCCGAGGACGAAUCCGAGGUGAGCAGCCAGGUCGCCUCCAACGCCUCCGUCUACUCCAAGGAAGAGAGCCGAAACACCUCAUCCUGCCUCGAUGACAGCUUCAUCAACAAGCCCGUCACACUAGACCUCACCCUCGGCCUCAACGGCUCCCCUGAACCCGACCUCAAACCCCCCAGUGAUGCCGUCGCCAACAACCCCCCUCCACCCUCCUCUCGAGUCUUCUCGUGCAACUACUGCCGCCGCAAGUUCUACAGCUCCCAGGCACUGGGAGGCCACCAGAACGCCCACAAGCGCGAGCGGACGCUCGCCAAGAGGGCCAUGCGUAUGGAGAUGUUCUCUGACAGAUACGCCAGCCUCGCCUCCCUCCCCCUCCACGGAUCCGCCUUCCGGUCUCUAGGCAUCCAGGCUCAUGCUUCAAUGCACCCGGAGCAGGGGAUACGAGGCGGUGGUGGCGGUGCUAGGUUUAUAGAUCAAGGCUACUUCGGAUUGCCACUCUGUAUGGAGUACGAAGAAGGGGAGCUAUCGUGGCCGGGAAGCUUCCGACAAAUGGAGGGUCUCCGGGGGCAUCCGGCCUUCGAAUCGGGGCAGGGCUCGGAUAUGGCGGGCGGGGCGGCUCUGCCUCCGAGGAGAGAACAUUCAUCUCUUCCUGACCUAAACCUCAAACUUUGACAAUUUUUUUGGCACUGGAGUUUUACAUGUGAUGCAUAAAUAAUUGUACAAAGAUUUGAGUGGUGGAGAUGGUGAUGAUUUAGAGGUUGCAGCUUCAAACAGUGAUUCUUGGUGUGGAGAUGCUAUAAUUUGGUAGUUGGGAUAAGAACACUAAUAUUGUACUAUCACUCUAAUGUCGACUAUAAUACUGCUGAAAUUUCCAUUUA